AUGAGCAAAGAAAAAUCAACAACAAAUGCAUCUAUAGUUCCAAAAGAUGUAGAAGGUCGUCGACGUAUCAAUAUCCAACAUAUGCAAAAUGUUCUUCUAAUGUGGUUAGACAGUAACAUUGAUAAAACAAAUGGUGAUUGUCAAAAUAAAAUCAAAAAAUUACGAUGUGUUGUUAAUGACAUCAGUACAUAUACUGAUGGUGACCAAUGCCUUGAAUUCAUUCAAACCAUCGUCGAUAACAAAGUAUGUAUGAUUAUAUCAGGAUCACUUGGACAACAUAUUGUACCUCGUGUACAUAAUAUGCCUCAAGUUGAUUCAAUAUUUAUUUUUUGUAGUAAUAAAAAAUACCAUGAACAAUGGACCAAAGAUUGGUCCAAAAUAAAGGGUGUCUUCACAGAGAUCACACCCAUCUGUGAAGCACUCAAAGAAGCUGCUCAUCAAUGUGAGCAGAAUGCCAUUCCCAUGAGUUUCGUGGGAUCAAAUAAAAAGUUGGAUCAAUUAGAUCCUUCUUUUAUGUACACUCAGAUCCUCAAGGAGAUCAUAUUAACUAUCAAGUUCGAACAAAAACACAACGAAGAUUAUCUUAAUUACUGCCGUGAUGCUUUCAAAGAUAAUAAAAAAGAACUUGAAAACAUUAAACAAUUGGAAAGUCAAUAUCAUAAUAAAACACCCAUUUAUUGGUACACCUGUCAAAUGUUCUUGUAUCCCAUGCUUAACCGUGCAUUACGAUUGAUGGAUGGUGAUAUCAUCACGCGUAUGGGUUUCUUCAUCAGUGAUCUACAUCGACAUAUUGAACAACUGCACAAGGAACAAUAUGCUGGUACAACUGCUGCUAACACCUUUACCGUUUAUCGUGGUCAAGGUUUAUCGGCAGGAGAUUAUGAACAAAUGAGAAAAAUUAAAGGUGGUCUUAUUUCAUUCAACAGCUUCUUAUCUACUAGUAAAGAUCAAAAUAUUUCACUGGGUUUUGCUCAAGAUGCUACAACAAAUCCAGAUCAAGUCGGCGUACUUUUUGUCAUGGAAAUCAAUCCUACUCAAUCAACAACACCAUUUGCUUCUAUUGCUGGUAUUAGUAACUUCGAAGGAGAAGAGGAAGUUUUAUUUUCGAUGCAUAGCGUUUUCCGUAUACAGGAUAUUAAACAGAUGGGUGGAAGCAAUCGUUUAUAUGAAGUUAACUUGGUACUGACUGCUGAUAACGAUCCAGAAUUAAGUAGACUUACUGAUUGCAUUCGAAAAGAGAGUUAUCCAGAUGAAGAAGGAUGGGUGCGGCUGGGUUUAGUACUAUUAAAAAUGGGUCAAUUUGACAAAGCUGAAGAUGUUUAUCAAGUUUUACUUGAUCAAGCAACAGACGAUGAAAACAGGGCACCUAUUUAUAUUCAUGUUGGUGCGAUCAAAGAUGAUCAAGGAAAAUAUCAAGAAGCACUCACAUUCUAUGAAAAAUUACUUGCUAUCUAUCAAAAAAAAUUCCCUUCCAAUCAUCCUAAUCUGGCUUUUCCCCACAACAACAUUGGUGUAAUGCAUGAAAACAUGGGUAAUUAUCCUAACGCACUUUCAUCUUAUGAGAAAGCUCUUCAAAUUUGGCAGCAAUCACUUCCUCCCAAUCAUCCUCAUUUGGCUACUUCCUAUAGCAACAUUGGUAAUGUGCAUAAAAACAUGGAAAAUUAUCCAAAAGCAUUUUCAUCUCACGAAAAAGCCCUUGAAAUUCAACAACAAUCACUUCCUCCCAAUCAUCCUAAUUUUGCUUCUUCCUACAACAACAUUGGUGCAGCGCAUGACAAGAUGGGUAAUUACUCAAAAGCCCGUACAUUUUAUGAACAUGCUAUACAAAUUGGACAACAAUCAUUACCUUCAUGUCAUCCUCAUCUUGAAAUAUAUAGAAAUAACCUCGAACGUGUAAAAAACAGAUUAUAA